CAAUACACCAGAUAGGCUGAAGUUUGUUAGUGACUAUUGACGUAUUUGGAAAUUGGAAAAACUUCAGUUUUAACUUUUGAGCGUAUAUAUAAUGGUCACGAAAAGGAUCUUGUCGUGCACGAUACUAUCAUAGUCCAACAAAAUGGAGAGCAAUAUCAUUGUUAAUAACAAAAUUAACCAGUUGAAUAAAGAAGAUGUUUCUAUACUUCUCGAAGAUGACGAAAUAUCGUCCUAUAACGAACAAGCAAGUGCUAGUUUCAUAUCAGAAACAACUACCUUAUUGUCAUCUGAAGACAGUUACUUACAUUUGCAACCAUCUUUUACUGGACCAAAUCCAACAUUGAGUUCAGAUUCAGAAAUCCAUUCACAUUGUUCUCAAUUUCCUCUUAAAAAUAAAGCUUGUCUUAAAUCGUCAGUAAACAAACGUUCUGAUGGAACAUUUCACAAACUGAACAUUAAUGAGGAUUUCCGUGAUCUUCCGGUUGGUAAAAAAUAUCAUUUAUUUGUGUCAUAUUCCUCUGAAGACGUUAAAGAAGUCUACAAGAUUUGUGGACAACUCAAGAAAAGAUUUUUCUUGAAAUGUUUGAACUAUGAAAGUGAUUUUAUUCAAGGGAAGAGGAUAGAUCAAAACAUUUACGACACAAUGAUACAGAGUGUAGCUGUAUUGAUAGUUUUAAGUCCGAAUUUCGUUGAGAGCUCAAUGUGUAUGACAGAGGCACAACAUGCUUUAGAACUAUCGUAUAAGUCUAAGAACCAUUUUAGGCUUAUUCCUAUUCUUAUCCGUACUCCAGACGAAGAAUUACCAACGUUAUUGAAAUCUCAUCGCUACAUAGAUGCACGGAAAGCAGAUGACAUUCCAGCCAAAAUAUUUGAUGUUUAUUCCAACCCUGCGGUAAACAAACUUGAAAACAUAGAGCAGACAGUCGAUGAAAGUGGUCAGAAUGGUGCAACUAAUUGGUACCUCAGAGCCGAUAGGCAUUCACAUCUAUGUGACAAAGUGUAUACUUAUCAGUUUACUGAAUUAACAGAAGCUAAUGUUGAAAAAAUAACAGCCUACAAUCCUAAUUGUGAAGAACAAGUUAGCGAUGUGAUAUCAUAUGUUAACAAUAGUACAUUUAUGAAGUACUACAGAAUUCUUAACGGACAGAAGUGCUCGUGUUUAGCCUGUUGUUUAGUAUGGGUGGUAGCAGCCUUAAUUUCUCUAGCACUGGGCAGUUGUAUAAUAGUCAUAAGGCGGAAUACAGAAGGGUCGACUGGUUUGGUUUUGAUGGCAGUUGGACCAAUAGUUUCAUCUAUAGCAUCAUGUUGUGCAUGGGGUUUUAUUUUUUCUAAAGUUCAAUCAAAAUUAUUGGAAAGACUACAGACUGGGAUUUGGAAAAUUAACGAAAAAUAUCACGAAACCACCAAGUGUUUGAUUGAGUUUGUAACUUACAUUGAUUAUCCCUGCCUGGAAGGAACUAGAUAUAACACAUCAAAAUGCAAGGAACAUUUAUGUUUAUCUGUUGAGAAUAACCUAGAGUUGAGUGAGGAUGAAAGAAACAAAAUAAAUGUAAACACUUGCAUCAAAGAAAUGCUUAAAGCCUUACAUCUCAGAGGAUUCAAAAACUGGAGGUUAUUUGAAGAAUGCGAAUUCAAUAUUCAUAAUACCUGGAAAAACAGAAAAUGUGUUUGUCAACUGAUAGAAAAAGAGCUUUUUGACAUAUUUAAAAAAUGAACAUGCAGGUUGUGUAAGGUUGUAAAUAGAUUCUUUAUUUAGUAAUUGGUCGCUGUGUGUACAUGGGAAACAUUAUCAAUUAUCCAACCCUGAACAUAAUAUCUUCAAAGAUUAUUAGAUACUGUUCAAAAGGGAAUAUAAUUUUUACCUAUUUAUUGAUUGUAUCAUAUAUUCACUUUCUCUAACUAUUCAGUGUUUUAUUGUAUUGUGUUGUAUUUAGUUUUAUCAUUAUUUCAAUAGCAUAACAAAAAUCAUUGUAUGCAUUGCUGCUAUAGUUGCCAAAACAGGCAACAAUAUUUCAUUAAA